AUGGAAUUUCAACACUGGAACUUCAGAGUUCUUUAUCUUUACCCAUCAGUAUCAUUGACUCUGGAAAGUGCAAACAUGUGGAUGCGGAAGAAUGGACUAGAAAACUUGAGCAGCAGCAYGAAAAGGCACCGUCAGAAAGUUGAUUUGCUGGAUGAGAGAGAGAUUGCAGAGAAUUGA